AUGAAUGCAAAUAAAUUGAAAUCGAGGAAGAAUAAAAUAAUAUCCCAAAUUGUUCAAUAAGAAGCAAGAAUGAAUCGAUCAUGUAAUAAUCGAUUACCAUCCAUAUAUCAAUCAGCCCGCGCAUAAAAAAUACAAGUCUAGAUAAGUUAACCAUACAAGCAAUUUAGACUAACUAGGUACAAAAAUGAAUCAAUUCCAUUCGGAUCGUAGUUAUUAGACAUUAAGAAGAAAUAGUUAACAUCUACAACUUUACAUACACUUGAUGAGAGCUUAUGA